ACGAUAAAUAAUAAAGUGGUUUUAAAAUAUUUUUGGUUAAAAUAUAAUAAUGAGCACUGCGCGUUUUGCCCGUCAAGGCCGCGUUCGCAUUUGCAUCCUAAUGAGCAUGUUUGUCGUGCUCCUUAUGAUGAUUGUUAUUUAUCAUAUGUCACAACAGCAAUUGGAUGAGACUCGGGCUUUUCGUUUGCGUUGCGAGCAGAACCAAGAGCGUUUGAACUUGGAACUACAAUCCGUAAGAACAGACCAAGUGGAUGCAGAAAAAAAACUGGAGAUUACACGUGUCGAAAAAUAUAAUAUUCAAAAAAGUUAUGAUAAGCAGCAGAAUAUAGAAAAUUUGUUGCAACUGAAAAACGAAGCUCAAAUGGAUAAGUUUAAGCAACUCAACGCCAAGUACAUUGAGCUGCAGUCUGAAUGUGUUAAGAGUAAGAAGCAGCAUAUCAAAGACACAAAUGCAUUUGAGCAAAAGCUGGAAGCGUUGCUAUUGCAGUUGCAACAACUGCAACAAGGCAAGCAACAACAGCAAGCGGAUGCAUGGAAGGAAAAAUUUGAAAUUUUUCAGGGCAAAUAUGAGGAAAAGAUUCGUGAUCUACAGGCUACAAUUACAGAGUUCAGGGCUCACUGCUACUAUGUGCCAUCAUCAUUGCAGCAACAGUUUCUUAAUGCUGAUCAUUCAGCGACGCCAAAUGCGAGCCCCACGCAGCGAUCACGUACAUCUCAGAUUACUCACAGUCUUGAAAGGUCACGUAACAAUAAGUCAUUUAACGAGCAAGUGCAAGUGAGUGCAGGGCUGUAUAAAGUCAACAUCGGCAAUUUAAUUAAAAUAACUAACACAGCAACUAAAACUAAUAGUGGCAGUGGCGGUGAAGCGGAUCAGCGACUGGAUCUACGAUCAAUGCAACCUUCUUCUGCGCCUAAAAAUAACAGCCUCAUACUAAAUUCUGUUGAAAAUUUUCAGAUUGUGCCCAAAUCGAUUAAGGCAAUAGAGGAUGUAACUGAACAACAGGAUAUGCAAAUACUUUCUAGUCUAGUGGCCUCUUCGCUGGUAGAUUCGUCACAUGAGACCAACUCCAGUACUCAAAUAGCUGAGGAUACAGAAAAUGCUUCAAAAGCUCCUAAGGGCAGCAGUAGUGGGCAGCCAUCUUUGGCAAUUCCACCAGCCAAGCCAUCGGCUGAGAUUAGAAGUGAUCGCAAACUACCUGAAAAUGUGGCGCCGCUUAUUCCUUAUAAUUUUGAUGGAAAGGCUGAAUUGGCGCUAGAUCCAGAUACAGCAGCCGAGGAACUGCCAAAAAAUAAGAAUAAUAAUCGUUAUUUAAAAAUGGUAAACGACUUAGUAUUGAACAAAAACUUGGAAGCUGUCGACUCCGGAGCACAUGAGGUUAAAGAUGCUCUUAAUGAACAGAACUUUGAUUUGCCCAUUGUGGGUGGUGAGCAUAAUUUAUUUGAUAGUGAUCUGAACGUGGGUCAUGAACCCGCUUUAAAUAACAAACGAUUGGCGGCAGCUAUCGGCGAUGACGAUGUCAUUCUGGGCGACGUUGCUCUUAAGCCACAAAAUUCACUUGAUGGCGUAAAUUUAAACAAUGAAAUUGCAGGUGAUCAAGGCAAAGAUUUUGCCGAUGGUGUGCAUCUAGAUGAUGGUAUAGAUGAGGAUCAAGAUGAGGAUGACUACAACAUGCCUGCACGUAAACGAGGGGCUGAUGCGGCUAUAAGAAAUUAGAUUAAACGCUUAGCUUAAAAUGAAAUGCAGCUAAUGAAUAAUUUUAAUUUCUGCCGACACGCCUUGCUGUCCUUUUAAGAUAUAGUUUAUUUUAAUAUUCUGUAUUGAUUUAAGAGACUUUUUUUUAUUUAUAUAUA